GGCGAUCGCUAUCUCCCAGAGUGGGGGAGACGUUCUGUGCCUCGAAAGCCAGUCCGAAAUUAAAAGGGUGCGCCUGCCGACUAAGUGUGCGACCGAACUGGAGUGACAAUUAUUUCUGUUACUAUGUGUUUAUGCCCCACAAGUGUGUGAUAAUCCCAACCGAAAUCUCAUCACGGACCCACGGCACGUCAAAUGUGAUGUCGCACCGGUUUUUUACAGUGUUGUAGUAGUUGUAGUGUUCCCCGUGUGAUUAUUUUGGAAAUUCAAAAUGGCGCAUCAGUUGCCCCCAUCGGUGAAUUGUUCGCUGAACGACAUCGACCUGACCGCACUCAAAGAUCCCGCAGGAAUAUUCGAGCUAAUAGAGGUCGUCGGCAAUGGCACAUACGGACAAGUAUACAAGGGUCGGCACACGAAAACAGGUCAACUGGCCGCCAUAAAGGUGAUGGACGUGACGGAGGACGAGGAGGAGGAGAUCAAAUUGGAAAUCAACGUGCUGAAGCGGUAUUCGGAUCACAGGAACAUCGCCACCUAUUAUGGGGCGUUCAUCAAGAAAUCGCCACCAGGGAAGGACGACCAACUCUGGCUGGUCAUGGAAUAUUGCGGUGCAGGUUCGGUGACGGAUUUGGUGAAGUCGACGAAGGGCCAGUCGCUGAAGGAGGAAUGGAUCGCGUACAUAAGCAGGGAGAUGUUGAGGGGCCUCUCAUACUUACACUCCAACAAAGUCAUACACAGGGACAUCAAGGGACAAAACGUCCUUUUGACGGACAACGCCGAAAUCAAAUUAGUGGACUUCGGUGUGUCCGCCCAAUUAGAUAGGACAAUAGGCCGUCGGAACACAUUCAUAGGUACCCCGUAUUGGAUGGCGCCAGAAGUCAUUGCCUGUGAUGAAAACCCCGAGGCUACCUACGACAAUCGUAGCGAUUUAUGGUCACUAGGAAUUACAGCAUUAGAAAUGGCCGAGUCACAGCCGCCGUUGUGCGAGCUGCACCCGAUGCGAGCCUUAUUCCUGAUACCCCGCAACCCGCCGCCGCGGCUGAAGAGCCGCAAAUGGAACAAGAAGUUCCAAACGUUCAUCGAAACAGUAUUAGUGAAGGACUACCACGACCGACCGUACACCGAGCAACUGCUCAAGCACCCGUUCAUCAGGGACCAACCGACCGAACGGCAGGUCAGGAUACAGCUCAAGGACCAUAUCGACAGGUGCAAGAAGCGGAAACAGGAGAAGGAGCGCGAGGACUAUCGCUACUCCGGCUCGGAGAACGAGGAGGAGGACCCGCAGACGGCCGGCGAGCCCAGUAGCAUCGUUCAGGCGCCAGGCGGCGACACUCUGCGACGUAACUUCCAGCAGAUACAGGAGGGACGCACCCUUAGCCAGGCUGUUGAACCACCGCCAAGGAGUGGCAAGAACAAAGACAGGGAAGAAAUUCCCGAACCGGGUCCGCCUGCCAGACCGCCAAUUCCACAAAGGACCAUCGUUGUACCAGAACCUGCUCCACCAAGACGACCACUGCCACCACCUCCAGAUAAUAAUUUCGGCUCAAGACCGCAACAGCCUCAGCAGCAACAGAGAAACUCUCAGUCGCAGAACAUGUUCAAACCUAUGGGCGCAGCAGCACGUAAACCUGAGGAACUCGACGCUCUCGCCGCCCAUCUGAACGAGCUGGGCGUCCAGCAGACGAACCAACCCGAGGCGCCACCUCGCAACAACCGAAACAACAAGCAAUCGUCGUCGGUCAACAACAACAACGUGUCGACGCCGAGCAGCGCCAGCAAUCACUCGACGCCCAACCAGGCGAACAGCGGCAACAACAUCGACAGUCUCGUCGACAGCGAAACGGACUCCGAACCGGAAGACAACGGUCGGGUCCGGAACGACGGCACUCUGUUGGCCAGCGACCCACCCAAGCCACUUCCCGAGUUUGCUUACAGGGCCGGUCUCGGCGUGGUAGCCGAGAGUCCGGCGGGCGUGUCCAGUCCGGGCGCCACCGGAUCCGGUUCCAGUUCGGGUAGCGCACCCAACAGGCCUUUGCCACCCACCCCCGACGACGACGAAACCCAAGACAAGACGUUGGUGAUGAGAAAGCAGUCGGCGGCCAGUCUAUCGAAAAAAGUCGAGGAUAUCGACGAGGCGACGCUGCUGAAAGACUGGGACUUUGACAAGUUUUUCCCGAGCACGAAACGCAGCACUAACGGCCCGAACAACAAUCCGCCGAAAAGUAGCACGCCGAUAUCGGCGCGAAAGAGCGUCGCCGGCAAGGAGGACGAGAAGAAGUCCCACGGUCACAGGCGCAUGGAUAGCGAUUCCAAGAUCACCAAUCCGUUCUUUAGGGGCUUUCGCAGGGAGAAUUCGGACUUCUUCCCCAUGAGUGCCAGACACUCGGCCAUUUUUAUCGAUAAAAACGCCAGAUCCAGCGGUAUUUUCAAUAAUCGCAGGGGUUCCGACGCCGGUUUGGCUAAAAAGACCACCGGUGAACCGGUGUUGACGGAUUACGUGAAACGCACUCAGUCGCCCAGCAAGAACGACAUUAACAAAAACUACGGCUUGAUCAGUAGCGACAAGCAGAGAAACAGUCCGGUCAAAAGCAUUUUCAAAGACAACUUUCUGCGUCCGAGACGCGAGAAAACCGAAUCUGAAAUAGUACUGCGUAACUCUGAGGCUCGCAGGAGUAUCAGAGAGACUUUAGAGGCUCGAAGGAGAGAAAUGGAAACUCAAUUUGCUGAUAGCAUUGGAAGACGGGGCUCGAGGCCGACUGAUGUCAGUGCUAUGAAUCUGUCCACUGGUACCAACUCUUCCACUGAGGGUGAAGGAUAUGUUUUUCUACAGAACGGCCGUAGCGGCGAACACACUCGCCAGAGCAGCGUGCUUCCGGAUCUGCUGAGCCAGGCAAGCGGAAGUCCCGGCACCCCGUCCGCCAGGGACAAGUCGCAGAGCGAGGAGCACCAUCACGGUGAAUUCAUGACACCGCCCUCCCACACUAACCAUCUUCCUCUUGCCCUGCAACAGAAACAGCGUUCCUUCUUGGCCUUCGGCUUCGGCGUCAGCAAUGCCGGACAGCCGUCGCGUCGUGAGUCCCACGUGAACGUCAACGUGACCCCCACCUCGCACGACCUGACGUCCGACACGCCCGAGAUCAGGAAGUACAAGAAACGAUUCAACAGCGAAAUCCUGUGCGCCGCACUAUGGGGUGUGAAUUUGCUGAUCGGAACGGAACACGGAUUGAUGUUGUUGGACAGGAGCGGCCAAGGUAAGGUGUACCAAUUGAUUUCGAGGAGGCGGUUCCAGCAGAUGGAGGUGCUCGAGGGACAAAACAUCCUGGUCACGAUAUCCGGCAAGAAGAACCGGGUCCGCGUCUACUACCUCAGUUGGCUGAAGAGCAAAAUCUUGCGCACCGACGGCGUUAGUGACCAAGUGGAACGCAGAAACGGCUGGAUAAACGUGGGCGACCUCCAAGGCGCCGUACACUUCAAGAUCGUCAAGUACGAGCGCAUCAAGUUCCUGGUCAUCGCCCUGAAGGACAGCAUUGAAAUCUACGCCUGGGCGCCGAAGCCGUAUCACAAGUUCAUGGCGUUCAAGUCGUUCUGCGAACUGACGUUCCGGCCCCUGCUCGUCGAUCUGACCGUUGAGGAGGGCACGCGGCUGAAAGUCAUUUACGGCAGCUCCGAUGGGUUCCACGCCGUCGAUCUGGACUCUGCCAGCGUUUACGACAUUUACCUGCCUAAACAUAUUCAGGGGGGAAUUAGUCCACAUUGCAUAGUUGCUCUACCAAACACCAACGGAAUGCAGCUAUUGUUGUGCUACGACAAUGAAGGUGUCUACGUCAACACCUACGGUCGAAUAGCUAAAAACGUGAUACUUCAGUGGGGCGAAAUGCCGACUUCAGUGGCGUACAUCGGCACGGGCCAGAUAAUGGGCUGGGGCAACAAGGCAAUAGAGAUCCGUUCGGUCGAGACCGGCCACCUGGACGGCGUGUUCAUGCACAAGAAGGCGCAGCGCCUCAAGUUCCUCUGCGAACGCAACGACAAAGUAUUCUUCAGCAGCGCGAAGAGCGGCUCCAACUGUCAGAUCUAUUUCAUGACGCUGAACAAGCCGGGCAUGGCCAACUGGUAAAUGAACGGGACGAGGUUGCACUAUUUUUGAACCAAUGUGAGACAUUCAAAACAGACCAUUUUACACCACGCAUUCGAUUCGCUGUCGCGGUCCGCGCGUCUACGGGACGGAACUUCUAUGUUUUUUGAUUGUGUAGUUUUUUAGGGGUGGGUGCAGGCCGGCUAGACUUGUGGGUUAUCUGCAGUUCACGACGAUUCGCGUUCGAUAAAGACUGAUUUACGUAACCACGACUGUUUGAUUGGCAGUCGGGGGAGUCUGUGUGUAUAUACUUAAUGCUCUGCGCAUUCUUAAAUAUCUUCUGGAUGUUCUCAGAUGUUCUAUUACAGUUUUGUUGAGUCAUGGCUUGCCCCGUACGCUCGGAAAAUAUAGAAGUAUGGUAUUGUGGAUAUAAAAUAUUGUAGGCCUUUGUAUGAUGUUUAAAAUGAAUCUUUAGACUGGGAGAAUGGUUAUAAAUGGUUAUAUUUUUGCAAUCCAUAGUACAAUGACGAUUGAUCAAAAAAAUUAAUAAAAACCACACCUUGCGGAAUCAAAGUUCUGUACAAUUGUAUGUUUGUUUGAUUAGUUUAAGCAUAACAUAUCUAUAUUGUAGAGUACUGCGACUUUAUGUUAGGAUCGUAUUUAUUAGUACGUACUUAAUUUCUUUUCUUAAUCAUUUAUACGUUUGUUUAUAGCUUUUAAAUAAAAGUGAUUUAUUACAAUAAAACCACACAUAAAUUUUGAUUCCAGCAAGCAUUUUAUACAAAUGUACAAUUCGAAAUUAGCAAUAAACAAAUUUAGGUGACAACCCGAAACUUUGUAAAAAACGCUUCUUUCUCAUUUAGUUGUAUAAACGAAAGGAAAGUCAUGGUGGAUGUUGGAAGGAAUGGCAAACAUAUUUUACGAAUUAUUAGACAAUAAAAAGCUUUAAUAUCAUUUUAUAGAAAAUUGGAAAAAAAUGCAACCUUAAUACUUCUAAAAUAUGUUUCCAAAUAAGUUCUUCGAGACAUCCGCAUUUAACUGUGGAGGAUAUGCAUUUAAUAAAGUCGUUGGUGCCAACCAAGCGUUAGUGAAAUGAUAAAAUGCUCACUAAACUGUAGAUAAGUAAUACGUUAGUAUGAUCAAGACUCGUUCACCGCAAAACGGGGCUUGGACAUAACUUUUUUGUACAUACAAACAAAAUUUAUAUUGCAAGUAGUAAUCAGCACAAUGGAAAAGAAAAAAAAACAGCCUCUUGUUUUAUGUAUUUUGUUUCAUACUUGUUUAUUAUUAUUUAAUCAUUGCACAUAUGAAUUUUAUACUAAAUUUAAAUUAGUACAUAACGUCAGUGUAAACUAUUAUAUAUUAGUUUUUUACUAUUAUUUGCUAUGAGACUGUUACACGAUUUUGUUAAUUCCUAGACAUUAUUUAAUUAUCUAUUUACUGAAUAAUUUUUCAACUACUGUAGUCAAGUCAAUAAAUCUAUCCGAAUGUUGGUUAAAUGUUUGCUAUGUAACUACAAUAACGGGCGUCCCGGAAAUCUGUUGUGUUGCUAACAUUUUGUAUUAAGUAAUCCAGCAGCGAAACAUUUUCCCUGACGUGCCGUAACUUUAUUGUGUAUCAUUAGGUCUGCUAUUAUUUGCAUCCAAUGCAUGCCUAUUUUAUUCUUAAGUCAAGAUUCUUAUAUUUGCUCUUUUAUAUUUUCCAAAGAGAUGGUAUUAGUGUGAUUUUUAUAGAAAUAAUACAUUAUUGUUCAAAUAUCAUUUUAUUAUUAAAUAAACUAAAGUUAUAUACUUAUUAUA